CGUGCCUUGACCGUGUUCCCCUUUGCCACUUUAAAAGAAAAAUAAACCACUUCUUUUUUAUUGAACAAUGCGCCAAAUUGCCAUUUGGCUUUUGCUCCUCGUUAUAUUACUGGUUGUAGAAGCUGGCAAAGAUUACUAUAACAUUCUCGAUGUGCCACGCGACGCGCCAAAAAACCAGAUCAAAAAGCAUUACAAAAAGUUGUCGCGAGUAUAUCAUCCAGACAAGAAUCCCGGAAACAAGGAUGCAGAGGCUAAAUUCAUGGAGCUGUCUUCAGCUUAUGAGGUCUUGAUGGACGAUGAGAAACGAGGCAUCUACGAUCGGUACGGCGAAGAAGGCCUUGAACAACACAAGAAUGGUGGUGGUGGUGGCGGUUUUCAUAAUCCAUUUGAUAUGUUUGCUCAAUUCUUUGGUGGCGGUGGAUUCGGCGGAGGACGAGCUCAGGCACAAGAGCGAAGAGGACCAGAUUUGCAGGUUGAACUGGAGGUAUCUUUGGAGGAUCUUUACAAUGGCGCAACGAUCGAAGUAGAUAUUUCCAAACAAACAGUAUGCGAUCAUUGUCAUGGUAGCGGCGCUCGUCGAUCCGAGGAUAUUCAAACAUGUCCUGCCUGUCAGGGACGGGGAGUGACCGUCACCCGAGUACAGCUGGGUCCUGGUAUGGUACAACAAUUCCAGCAGACAUGUCAUCAAUGCGGUGGUAAGGGCAAAACGAUCCGCGCUGUCUGCCCUGCUUGUAGCGGUCGUAAAGUACUGCGAGGCAACGAACAAUACACGUUAACGAUAGAAAAAGGCAUGCGGGAUGGUCAGACGACUGUGUUGGAACAAGAGGCCGAUGAAUAUCCAGAUGCUAUCCCAGGCGACGUCAUCUUCACUAUUUCGACAGUGCCACAUCCAACUUUUGAUCGACAGGGCAACAAUUUAUACACUACGCAACAAAUAACGCUUAUCGAGGCUCUUGUUGGAUUUGAAAAGACGUUAAAGCAAUUGGAUGAGUCGGUGAUCACGUUGAAGCGGGAAGGAAUAACACAAUAUGGAUUCGUGCAGACGGUCAAGGGUGCUGGAAUGCCGCAUUUCGACAACCCGAAACAGCAUGGAGAUCUCUUCGUAGAAUACAAGGUUGUAUUCCCGACUAGCAUUGACAAGCAAACAGUAGAACUACUGAAACAAGGUGCGCAUUUUCCAGCUACCGGAGUGGUUCAUGAAGAGUUGUAGAUUGUGAUGAUUACAUAGACAUUUUUUACUUUUCGUUAUUACAUAUACUCCUUUUUUUCAUUGUUAGUCUUUGAGGGACAGCAAUUGCAUUCUGUACAAUGACCUGAAUAAAAUAAAAAAAACCAAACGAAAACUCGGGCUGGCUGGAUGGUUGCAUACAAGGGGUGUUCA